UCCGGUAGUCGCACCCAGCCGCCAUGUCCCCGUCGCGAUCCUGGAGGUUGCCGGCGCCCGUCGCGGUGCUGGCCUGCUCGUGGCUGCUGGCCGCCGCGCUCUGCUGCGUCUCCGCCGAGGACGUCGCCAACAACCAAGUGUUCGGCGGGCUGUUCGGCAAGCCGCGCAAGAUCCGCUCGAGCGAGGAGCUGCUAUCGGCCAUCGUCAACGACUGCAUCGGCGGGGAGAUGUCCACCAUGUCCUGCCUGCGCGUCAAGGUGCUCAGCUACCUGGACUCGGUCGUGGGACUCAACGGCGCGUCCAGUGCCGACGUCGUGUCCGCGCGCGCCCUGGAGGACGGCUCGGCCGACGCCAAGAUGGACAAGCUGAUCGCCGACCGCAUGCGCCGCUACCUGGACACGCAGCAGUUCCAGGUGAAGCUGCCCGACUUCCUGUUCGAGGAGGGCGGCGUGCUCAGCUUCCGGCCCGCGCAGGGCGUCGACGGCAUCCAGCUCAGCUUCCCGUCGGAUGGGGAGGGAGAGGGCCGAGCCCUCCUGUCUGAAGGUACGAAAAAGAAAAAGCGCGGCCUCCUGCUCAAGAAGAAGCUACUCCUGCCCGCGCUCGUGCUUAUGAAGCUCAAGAUGAAGGCCCUCAUGCCCAUCUUCAUGGCCAUCAUCGGCGCCAAGGCCAUGAAAGCCCUCGUCAUGUCCAAGCUGGCGCUGACGCUGGUGCUCGGCUUCCUGCUGGUGCAGCUCCUCAAGAAGUUCGGCAUGAUGAUGCCCAUGGGCAUGGGCAUGGACGCGACCACCACGAUGGCGCCCAUGACGGCGUACGGUCCCCCCGCCCCCAUCCCGAGCUACGGCCCGCCCCAGCCCACCUACGGCCCGCCGCAGCCGUCGUACGGUCCGCCGCCCCAGCCUUCUUACGGGCCCCCUACCAACUCCUACGGCCCACCCGCGUCCGGACCUGCCGGCCCCGCGCCCACCAUGUCGUCCUACGACCCCAACUCGUGGUCGCCGUCCCCUGACUCGGCGCAGUCCGGCAGCGCACCGUACUCCCGCGUCUGGGACGCCCACAGCUUGGCGUACAGCUCGUACCAGCCGCAGCGCGACCAGCGCGACACCACCGCGUCGUCCGGCACGGCCGCGGGGGCGUCGUCGGCAACCUCGUCGUCAGCCACCGUCACGGCCACCCAGUACUAGACCAAGAGGGACGCACCGCGACGGACCCUACCUACCACUACCUGACCUAUGGAACUAUUGAGACGCCAGGGACGUAGCUUUAAGGGCAAUUAAGUUACCCUGAACCUAAGACACGUUACACGUAUUUUUAAUUUUUGUGUGGAUACUUUGCGCACUUGCCCCUUGGAAGCAGGCGCCCUUCGACCGACCCUUGUUUCCCGCACCCUUAUUGCUACGACUCUGGCUCCAGCGGAACCCAUUCGACAUUCUAGUCACAGAAAAUAUGACUUAGUGUAACUGACUGACUGACCCAAUGAACUCGACCCAUUAAGGACCUAAUUAAUGAUGCCAACUGACGGACGAUGACCUGACCUAUUGACUAACGCAACAAUGUCCGGCCUGUGUAUACGCUAUUUAAUAUUUUAUUUAUUUAUUUAUUGUUAAGUGUGAUAGAGCCUGAAAUAUAUAAGAUGAAUCAAAUUUGAAAUUUGUGUGUCAACUAUGUACCCUGAUUUAUUUAAAAAUAUCCUUGUAUACUUUAUCUUUAAUUUUG